UCCAGCAACGCUAUCCAUGGUCGUAGUCGGUACGGUCUAUGGAUGGACAACGACUUCACUUCUCCAUCUAACAUCUGGGACCGGCGGCGUGCCGUUCACGGUAACGGACGACGAAUCAUCAUGGAUCGUUUCUUUUACAGUGCUUGGUUCAAUGAUCGGUUCACUUUCGGGUGCCCAAUUGGCCGAUAGCAGCGGUCGUAAAUGCAGCCUCCUUCUAUGCUGCGCACUUUUCACCUUAGGCUGGCUCAUGACCUACAACGCAUCUUACGUGCCAAACCUAUACCUGGCUCGGGUGAUUCUCGGUAUAGGCGUUGGUAUUGCCUACACGGUAAAUCCCAUGUACGUGUCAGAAAUCGCCGACAUCAACAUCAGAGGCGCCCUAGGUACUCUAAUCGCAGUGAACGUAUUUACCGGGUCACUGCUAACCUGUAUCCUAGGACUCUGGCUGACGUACCAGUCACUCCUGAUAGUUCUUGUAGUGAUGUCCCUUAUAUCCUUCCUGACAAUCACGUGUUUCCCCGAAACUCCGUAUUUCUUGGUGUCAAAGGGUCGAAAGAAGCGAGCAUCCAAGUCGAUAACAUAUUACAAAGGCAUCGUAGAUCCUCACGAAAUGAAAAACGCAAUACGUGAUCUAUGCCCAAAAACCAGAUGCAAAGUACAAUCACAAGUCAAAAGCAUUUUAACCACAGAAUCCACAAGCAGUUUCCGCCCACAAUUCACAAGCAACUUCUCUCUACGAUCCACAAGCGAUUUCACUGUAUCAUUCAAAAACAAUAUCGUCUCAUCAUCCGAAAGUGGUUUCCCCUCAGUAUCCUUAUGCGAAACACGCUCAGACUCCAUAUGGGAAGUGGUAGACACAGAACCCAAGUCCGAUUCAAACUUACCAUCCAGUAGCGACUCAUCCUCACAAUCCGUAUCUGUAAUACACUCAGAAGUCAUAUGCGACGUAUAUCCGGAACCCACAGGUGAAUUAUCCUUACAACACUCGCGCGACUCGAUCGAAUUACCCCUACAACCCCCACGCGAGAUUCACCCACAAUUCACAAGCGAUAUACACCGACCAUCCAUAAGCGAAGUACAGCCACCAUCCACAAGUGAAGUAUACCCAUCAUCUACAAGCGAAACACAUCCAGAACCUACAAGCGAAAUACAGUCAGAAUCCACAAGCGAAAUACAUCCAGCAUCCACAAGCGAAAUACAGCCACCAUCCACAAGCGAAGUAUACCCAUCAUUCACAAGCGAAAUACAGCCACCAUCCACAAGCGAAGUAUACCCAUCAUCUACAAGCGAAACACAUCCAGAACCUACAAGCGAAAUACAGUCAGAAUCCACAAGCGAAAUACAGCCACAAUCCACAAGCGAAAUACAUCCAGCAUCUACAAGCGAAAUACAGCCACCAUCCACAAGCGAAGUAUACCUAUCAUCUACAAGCGAAACACAUCCAGAACCUACACGCGAAAUACAUCCAGCAUCCACAAGCGAAAUACAGCCACCAUCCACAAGUGAAGUAUACCCACCAUCUACAAGCGAAACACAUACAGAACCUACAAGCGAAAUACAGUCAGAAUCCACAAGCGAAAUACAGCCACCAUCCACAAGCGAAGUAUACCCAUCAUCUACAAGCGAAACACAUACAGAACCUACACGCGAAAUACAUCCAGCAUCUACACGCGAAAUACAGCCACAAUCCACAAGCGAAAUACCCUCACAAUUCAGUAUCAAUUUCCCCACAACAGGAGUCACCUUCAGUGAGUCUCGACGCGGAUCGGAUGGGUCCAUUGAAGUAAAUAUAGCUGUAACUCAACAAACCUCCUCAUCAAAGCUGCGAGCAUUACUAGAACGAAGCAACAGGAAAGCUCUAAUUAUCAUGCUUGGCUUGGUCAUGGCACAACAACUUAGCGGAAACUUUAUCACUAUGCAGUAUCUAGAGGUGUUUUUUAACAAAACAACGAUCGGUAUCAAACCAAACAUAGCGACGAUUGUGGUCCUGGCUGUCGGCCUUGCAUCUGGCAUUUUAUCCACCUUAACAGUGGAAUCUCUUGGAAGAAAAACACUUUUGUUUCUGUCUACGCUUGGGUCGUGUUCUACAUUGCUUAUUCUAGCCACUUAUCUUUUGUUAGUACAAUAUAAUUUUGACGUUUCCAUCGUCUCUAUUCUUCCAGUUAUCGACCUAAUUAUAUAUCAAAUAAUGUAUCAAAUUGGAUUAGGUACGUUACCCAAUGUUCUCCUAUGCGAGUUAUUUCCUGUGGAACUGAAAGGCUUUGUUGGUGCCAUCAUUGUGAUUUUCGAUGGUAUAAUUAGUUCUAUCGUGUCGAUAAUGUAUCAAGUGAUUACCGACAAUGCAGGAUCGUAUGUGGUUUACUUUAUCUUCGCGACAGCAUGCAGUUUGGCAUUUGUGAUGGUGUUCAUAUGGGUACCAGAAACGAAAGGAAAAACAUAUCGCGAGAUUGAAGCGCUUCUACUUGAUAAAAAUUUGAAUUCUAUGAAUGAAGAAUGAAGAAGUUAGGACCGAUGAAAUGCAUAUUCGUAGAAUAUGACAGGAGAAAUUGCACCGCACGUCCGUGGCUCGGUGUUUACUUACUCGGAAUAUUUUAUUUCCCAUUUUUAUUAGUAUAACGAUAAAGAUCUACAAUUUUAUCACGAUAUGCAAGUUUUGUAGUAACGUAGUUUUAUUCGUUUGUACGUGUAAUUUUAGAAAUAUGUCUAACAAAGGUGAUGGUCAUUUACAAACAUAUGUAUCGUAUAAAUUGAUUCGCACUCAACUUAGAGAAAUACAUGUUCUCAAACUAACCUUUUUAUCCAUUUCAUAACACGAAAAAUGUAACAAUAUCAAUUAACUGGAGAUAAUUGAACAACAGUUUGUAAAAGUAAGAAAAGUAAUAUAUUACAGAAUGACAAGGUGACAUAAUACUGACAAGAACAACUUUUUAUAUCUCAGCUGUUAUCUAUGCUGUUAUUUCUUGUAUGAAAUCUGUAGCAUAUGUAUAUCACAUGUGCAUUUGUUAAUAUUGUUACAAUAAACAGCAAGUAUGCUGAAAAAGUCCGUACUUAUGCUAAAAAUAAUGUAAUAUAAUUAACAUAAUACAUUGGUAAUAAGUAUUUAUAUUACAUUAUGUUUCUCACUGAUAAGCACAUGUGUUUAUACAUAUACAUAUAUAUAUGUGUUAUACACUGUCUUGCCGGUGUUAUAUGAUAGUUAUUACGCAAAAUUCUUUGAAUAUGUUAGUUCGAUUAUUAUAGUAAUUACUGUAGCAUAACACAGUCAUAAAUAUCUAGCCUCGUCUAGCGGGAAUUUUAUCGAACUGCCGAAUGUUAUUUUCGGUAAAUUAUGACUAUAAUAACCGAGUUCACUUCAGAAAUUUAUAAUAUUUCCUACUUUUAAUAUGCGAUGAUUAUUAAAUAGCGAAAAAUUAAAUAUCGAUAAUUUUAUAAAGUAUUGUGUAUCAACAAUUAUGUAUUUAUUGUAUAUCUUUUAAACAAAUAUCGUGCUCAUUAAAAGGCUAGAAGAUACAUGGAUUAGCUAUCUAUGUACAAAAGCACAAACAAGA